AUGGAAAUGCAGGAUGCUUGGAUGGCCCGUAAAGGCGAGGAAAUCCAAGACUACACAGACUGCAAUGAAUGGAAGAACUUCUUCGCUGCACCCAAGGCCGUCUACGGUCCCAUUAAGGCAGAGAUCCUGAAACGCUGGGACGAGCACUUCCAGGGCGUACUCAACCGCCCUUCCAUCAUCUCCGACGCCGCUAUCGACCGUCUGCCUCAGGUGGAAAUCAACGUAGACCUCGACCUCCCACCUACUCUCCAGGAAACUAUCAAGGCUGUGCAGCAACUCUCCAGAGGGAAAGCACCCGGCUCCGAUGCGAUCUCUGUGGGGAUCUACAAAUACGGUGGCCACCAACUCAUCUGCCACUUAACUACGCUCUUCCAGGAGAUGUGGUGA